UCGGCGGGGACAAGGAGCUGCUGGAUGGCCCCGGGCCCUGCAGAGCCUUGUAUGGCCAUGGCCCACUGGGAGAGGGACGAUAAGCAGCUCACAGGCAGCUAUGCAGCCAUGUUUAGAACAAUGUCUGUUUCUGUUAAAUUUAGAGCAGUUAUCGGACGCAGUUCUCCCUCCUGAACGCACUCUCUUCUCCUGCUGCUGCUGCGUCAGGACCAGAGGUUUACGGGAGCUCGAGCAUCACCAUGAGCCGAGCCGGGACCUCGUCGCUGCUCUCCACCUAUCAGCUGCUUUUCUUGUCGACCAUCAUCUCAAUUGAAGUCCCGUACUGUGCUGCAGGAAGCUCGACCCUCACGUCCAACAACACGCUCAGCAACCACACAAAAUGUGGAGGAGGUACCAACUGCAUCGAAGGUGUCAUCCUGCCGAUAUGGAAGCCAGAAAACCCAGCCUUCACCGACCGCCUCGCCAGAGCCACUAUUUACUUUGUAGGGUUGGCGUACAUGUUCUUGGGCGUGUCAAUCAUCGCUGACCGCUUCAUGGCGUCCAUCGAGGUCAUCACCUCCCAGGAGAGACAGAUCACCAUCAAGAAACCAAACGGUGAGAAGAUCACCACGACAGUCCGCAUCUGGAACGAGACGGUGUCCAACCUGACCCUGAUGGCGCUUGGUUCCUCCGCCCCAGAAAUCCUCCUGUCGGUCGUGGAGGUUUGUGGUCACAACUUUGACGCCGGCGAGCUGGGUCCCAACACCAUUGUAGGAAGUGCUGCCUUCAACAUGUUUGUCAUCAUUGGCCUGUGUGUGUCUGUCAUUCCUGACGGAGAGACCAGGAAGGUGAAGCACCUCAGGGUGUUCUUCGUCACCGCCACCUGGAGCGUCUUUGCGUACACCUGGCUCUACCUGAUCCUGGCCGUCAUUUCUCCAGGUGUAGUUGAGAUAUGGGAGGGGCUGCUCACGCUCUUCUUCUUCCCCCUUUGUGUUGGACUCGCUUACGUGGCCGACCGCAGACUUCUUUUCUACAAGUACAUGUACAAGCGCUACAGAGCAGGGAAGCAGAAAGGAAUGAUCAUUGAAACGGAGGGCGAGCCGGAGCUCCCUUCGAAGGUCGACAUCGAAAUGGACGGGAAAAUGCUCAACUCCCACGGAGAUGAGUUUGAUUUGAAUGAGCUGGACGAGGAGGAGGCCCGCAGGGAGGUGGCCAGGAUCCUGAAGGAGCUGAAACAGAAACAUCCUGAGAAGGAGAUGGAGCAGUUGAUGGAGCUCGCCAAUUACCAAGUUUUAACCCAGCAGCAGAAGAGCCGGGCUUUCUACCGCUGUCAGGCGACCAGGAUCAUGACAGGAGCGGGCAACAUCCUGAAGAAGCACGCCGCUGAUCAAGCCAAAAGAGCCAACCAGCACGAUAUCUGCUCCGAGGUUUCACUCAACGACUUCUCCUCCAAGCUGUUCUUUGACCCCGGUACUUACCAGUGUCUGGAGAACUGCGGCAGCGUAGCACUCAAUGUGGUGCGGCGUGGUGGAGACCUGACGAGCACAGUCUCAGUGGAUUACCGGACUGAAGACGGGACCGCUAACGCCGGCUCUGAUUACCAGUUCACCCAAGGAACUAUUGUGUUCAAACCAGGCGAGACUGAAAAGGAAAUCCGCAUUGACAUAAUUGAUGAUGACAUCUUUGAGGAAGACGAACAUUUCCUGGUUCACCUCAGCAAUGUGAGGGUCACAUCUGAGGGCGCCGGCUCAGACGAGCGCGAGGCAAACCACGUGGACUCCCUCGCAAGUUUGGGUCUGCCGUGCACGGCUACCGUCACAAUCUUUGAUGAUGACCACGCCGGGAUCUUUACGUUCGAGGAGCCGGUGGUGACGGUGAGCGAGAGUGUCGGGGUGAUGGAGGUGAAGGUGAUCCGGACAUCGGGGGCUCGCGGUGUCGUGGUGGUGCCGUACAAAACCAUGGAGGGGACGGCUAAAGGAGGCGGCGAGGACUUCGAGGACACACACGGAGUCCUGGAGUUUGAGAACGAUGAGAUCUUCAAAACUGUUCAGAUCAAUAUAAUUGAUGAUGACGAAUAUGAGAAAAACAAGAACUUCUUCCUCGAGCUCGGAGAGCCUCGGCUGCUGGAGAUGAGUGAGAGGAAAGCUGUGUUGCUUCAGGAAGUCGGUGGAUUCGUGAGAACAGGCAAAGACAUCUACAGGAAGGUCCAGGGACGAGACCACCCCGCCCCGUCCACCGUCAUCAACAUCACAGAAGAGGGGGCCGAGGAGGUUUUGACCAAGAAGGAGGAGGAGGAGAGGCGGAUCGCGGAGAUGGGCAGACCGACGCUGGGUGAACACGUCAAACUGGAGGUCAUCAUUGAGGAGUCGUACGAGUUCAAGAACACUGUGGACAAACUCCUGAAGAAGACCAACCUGGCCCUGGUGAUCGGGACAAACAGCUGGAGAGAGCAGUUUGUGGAGGCCAUCACAGUCAGCUCUGGUGAUGAUGAUGACGAUGAAUGUGGCGAGGAGAAGCUGCCCUCCUGUUUUGACUAUGUCAUGCACUUCCUCACCGUCUUCUGGAAGCUUCUGUUUGCCUUCGUUCCUCCCACCGACUACUGGAACGGUUGGGCCUGCUUCUGCGUCUCCAUCUCCGUCAUCGGCAUACUGACGGCCAUCAUCGGCGACCUGGCGUCACAUUUUGGCUGCACCGUCGGCCUCAAAGACUCUGUCACUGCUGUGGUGUUUGUAGCUUUGGGCACAUCUGUACCAGACACCUUUGCCAGUAAGGUGGCAGCCAUCCAGGACCAAUAUGCCGACGCCUCCAUCGGCAACGUGACAGGAAGUAACGCUGUCAACGUCUUUCUUGGAAUUGGCGUUGCCUGGUCCAUUGCUGCCAUUUACCACUACUCCAAGGGCCAGGUGUUCAAGGUCGACCCGGGCACGCUGGCCUUCUCUGUCACACUCUUCACCAUCUUUGCCUUCAUCUGCAUCGGCGUCCUCGUGUACCGCCGCCGGCCCGAGAUUGGCGGGGAGCUCGGCGGACCCAGAAUCCCCAAGAUCCUCACGACCUGCCUGUUCUUCAGCCUGUGGUUAAUGUACAUUAUCUUCUCCUCACUGGAGGCCUACUGCCACAUAAAGGGCUUCUAAAAGUUCUGCUUCUGAAAGGUUCUAACAGUUCUGAUGGGUUUCUACAGGCACCAAUCGGUACCUGCAUAUUCUGACAUGUUCCUGUCAUUUCUGUUAUUUGUCUGAAGGUUUGGUAGAUGUCUAAAGGUUCUGACAGUUACUCUACAGAUGGUUCUGAUGGAUUUUUAAAGGUACCAAUAGGUUCCUGCAUAUGCUAACAGGUUCCUAUCAUUUCUGAGGUUCAGUAGAUGUCUAAAGGUUCUAACAGGUUCCUAACAGUUGAUGCAUUCCUUAAAGUUGUAAAGGACAUGUACCAGUGCUGAGAGGCUUCUGAGAUUAGGUUGAACUACUAGUUCUAAAAGGUGUUUUUGAUGAUCUGACAGGUUUAUAAAUGCAGAUUAAUAAAUGUUCUGCUGGACCCUGUGUAGUUCUUUCAUGUUCUUUAAAGAUCUAACGACUUUAAUGGAUCCCAAAGGUUCCUGGAGGAUUCUACAGCUUCUUGCCAGUCCUGGUGCUUUCCUAAAUUUUCCAGUGGGUUACUGUCAUUAUUUCAAGGGUUUGGAUAAACUUGUAAGGGUUCAGGGAUUUUUGUUGUACAUCUAAAGGUUUCGAUAAACAUCUGAAGGUUGUUACAGGUUUCUGACAAUUGAUGGAUUUCUAAAGAAGUUCCUGAAUAAUGUGCAAGGUUCUUAGAAUUUUCCUAAAAUUUCAGAUGAACUUCAAGUUGUUUUGCGACAUCAGAGGUUCCAGAAUAUUCUUACAUGUCUCUUAUUUGUCUGAAGGUUGGUCUUUAAGGUUCUUUAGCAUUCGAAACAUGUUAUAUCACAAUGUGACGGGCUUCUGUAAAUUUUCUAAGCGUCUAGAUAAAGGUUCCUAAAUGUUCCUAUAAUUAGAGGUUUGAGCUUGAAGGGCUGAAACCCUAUUGUUGUUGCUUUUGUGCAGAUGUAUUAUUAUUUUUCUUUAGAAAUAUUUUUACAGACUCGUGUCAGAUGGUUUAUUGUAGAUAUGAAAAUUUCUCCAAUGAUUGGAAGUUGUGUGCUAACGUUGCCCAAUAACGAUGAGGCCGAUCAUUCUGAUGGGGGCGCUAUAAUUAAAGGCCCACUUUGAAAAUCAUAGCUCCAACACUACAAGUCCAGUUUACAUAGAACUUGGCACAAGCAUUCAUUUAUACUCACUCUAUCAAUUUGCCUCAAGAACCAUAAAGAUCCAUCUGACAAGAUUUUUUGCGAUUUUGAAUUUUCUGACAAACACAUUUGUGACAUCUCCUCCUAAACCAUUGGUCCAUUGUGCACCAAUUUUUCUGUGGAUCAUUGUUGGGCCAACCCUAACAAAACAUAUCAAAACCUUGUUGAUAUUUUGUUGCAUUUUGAAGAUACUGACCAAUGAACUUUAGAGGGGGCGUGGCUCAGCACAUACAUAGAUUUAACUCCACAAUCGUUGGGCAAAUCAUCAUAAAACUUGCAGGAUGUGUCCACAUAAGUACCUGGAACAUAAAUUUAAAGUUUCAGUCAAAUAGACCACUAGAGGGUGCUAAUAAUGCAAAAGAAAGGGGUGUGGCACAACACAGAUCAGACAGAUAAAACAGAAACUGUCAUCAUGACAAAACUUGCAGGAUAUGUUUGAUAACAAUGUUGAACCAUGUGUGUAAAAGUAUUUUAACAUUGAUCCCUAGGUGGCGCCACCAGUUCCAAACAUGUUCAUGGGCCUGGCACAUAUUGAACUGCCAUGGUGAACUGAUUUCCAGUCAGUAUUUAAAGAGGCAAGAAACCCAUCCUCUGAUAUGACAGGGGUCAUAAUCCUGACUUUAUCCAUUUCUACUGUAGCAUUUUUCUUAUUGAACUCAAAACCUUUAUUCUAUAUACGAGAAAGAAAGACAGGGAGAACUGGCUGCUUUUUUUUUCACAUGUAGACCACAUUGGAUCGGGUCCAGAUCAAAAGCUUUGAACUUCCUCUGAGCUUGAACCCUGAAAUCACCACUUGCAGCUGUUUUAUCAUGUGUUAUUUGUCAAAAGGUUUGAUAGAACUCUAAAGGUUGUAUCAGGUUCCUGUCAGUGGAUUAAUUUGUGAGGGAUCUGAUGGACACCUAACAGCUCUGUCAGCAUUCUGGCAGGUUUCUGAACUUGUCCUGUAUGAACUCCUAAUAUUUGUUUUGAUGAUGUGACAGGUUUUAUUACAUUUCGAUGAAUCUGACACAUUAACUGUUCAAUCAAUCAAUCAAUCAAUCAAUCUGUUCAGGUCUUUUAGGUUCUUUACAGCUCCAACAGACUCAAAACAUCUUUGAUGUGGUUCCUGACAGAUUCUACCUGUUCUUCACUGUCCUGGUGAAUUUCUGGAGAUUAUUGUGGAAACCUUCUUUUUGAGUUACUCCAUGUCGGACUGCGCUCUGGCUGCUGAGUGACCUCAGAGACUGGACUUUCUUCAUCUUCACAUACUUGCCCAACAUUACAGACAUUAACGUGUUCCAUCAAUCCUUCGUCUGUACCUCUCUGCAAUGUUUAACAAAAAAUAACAUUUUAAUUUUGUCGUGCGAGGACUUUGAAUCACAACCACAGUAGCGAUGACGGAGGCAGCUCAGGCUGAAGACUUCUAAAAACCUGCAGGACGCUAGAUGUUAAAGGCGACUGGAGCAGUAGUGUUGCACCUCAAUGAAUAUCUGCACUGAGUUUGAAACAUAGUUGAGUUUGACAACGGAUCCAGAGUUUGGUGUUGAAGCCAUCUUUGAACUCUUUGAGACUCUGCGCUCAGCUGAACCUGAGCUGCUGCAGAUCCAAAAUGUUUGAGGACAUUUACCUGUGUAUGUUUGUGUGUGAGUGUGUGUGAGUGUAUACGUAACCUCAAAGAACACUGGGAAGAAGAGGCGGCUGUCGUGAUGUUCUGUGAUAUGAUUGGACGAUGUAAACACAGAGUUGUUGGGUAUGAUCUGAUGGCAGGAUGUCUUCCCUUCA